AUUUCAAUUUUCGCACCGAGAAUCUUUCGAUCAACCUGUUUACAGAUAAAGAAGAUUCUGGGCGAGGGAUCAAUGCUGUUACUUCAUAACAAGGAGAUUCAGUCGAGGAGUGAAGCAAGUAUACCACAAAACACAAAGACGUCAACUACAUGGAGUACACGAGUUUGGGACGACUGGCGAAAAAACGGAACGCCUUACCAUCAGAGCGACACUUUCUUGGAACCUGUGGAAUUUUAAAGAUGCUGUUCAAUUUCAAACUGCCGUUCUGGCUGUGGAAAUCGAUUAACCACGUCCAACUAAGAAAAUUCGUGAUUGUGGCGCAAAAGAAACGCAGCUCAGUUUAAUUUUAGUAAUUGUGGCGUCGUGUUGACUUGUCCCCCUUGCAUGUACUUAUUAGUAUAUCUGUAUAUCUGUAUUAGUCUGUUUUCGCCAUGCAAUUGGUCAAUUUGCGGUCCGUAACUUGCUAUACGGACCAAAAUUUGCAAAGAAAAUGCUCAUUUCGGAGCUCUAACCUUCAACAUUUAAACCGUGUUUAUUUGUGAACGAGGGCGAUGAAGAAACUAACUCGUAAUCUUAUCGAAGAGGAUUCUAGUCAGUGUUUGAAAAUUUUGUCGUAGUACAGAGAUAAGAAGACGAAAAUCGACUGGCAGUGCGUGAUUCGAGAUGUUUUUCGUAAGACAAAAUGAGUAAUUCCUUCGACAAAUAUGAUAACAAACAUCAUCUUGACGAGCUUCUUUGCCAGUGUAGUGUUUUUUCAAAGACCAACGAAAGAAAUAUAGAAGCGACUUCGAGCUAAACACAAUGUCCAGUUUUCAAAAGACUCCAGCGUCACAUUGGCGACCCCGAGUGAACACUUACAGUGCUCUUAGUUUUGACCGAAUAAACCUUAAAAUAUAUCUGUCAACCCUGAGGACUGAGAUGUUGACUUUGCCUUUCAAAAUUUUAAACUAGCUUUGUCUUAAUGAGAACGAAGCUGAUGUAGAAAUUGUAACCUUACCAAGGAAGAGAAUUGUAGUCAGUGAAAAUUCUUACGCAGAUCACUAUUAAAGACGAUAACGAACUGGCAGAAAUUUGAGAGGUUUUCCCCAAAAGAAUUAAUGAGCGAACCCUUUGACAAUGACAACAAACUUACCUUGAAAAUCUUUUUUGCCUUUUACAGUGUUUUUUUUGUUACAAGGACCAACGGAGGAAAGAUGGAAAUGACUUCGAGACACACACAUUCACAGCGUCCGGUUUCAAAAAUCCUCCAGAGCUAAAUAGAGCUAAAACUUACAGUGCCCUUAGUUUUGACCGGAUAAAAUUUUUCAACAUGGAGACUCGCGCUUCGUGCUUGUGAAAAAUUUGAGCUCGACUUGUAGGCAAGUCUAGUCGAGAUAUUAAACACGCGGGAUUAGUUUGGAGAGCACGAAAGAGACGUAAGAGUUGCUCGAGGCGCAGCCGAGAGCAAAUUAUUGUAGCCUCUUGAGUGCUCUCCAAACUAAGUGCUUAAUAUCUCGACAUAGGCACAUCUGAUGCAUGAACCAAUUGUUUUAUGACAUUAUCAAAGCGAUCAAUGCAGCAGUCAACUUAAAUUUUAUUAGAGACUUUAAGCAAAUCACAACGACGCCACCAAAGUGGUCGACCGGAAGUAAAAAUGCACUAUUGGUGUCUACUGCGAAGGCGAAAGACUAAACUUGAGUCGUCGACUGGCGACGCGUGUAUCAGAAGUCGUCUUCGGUAGGUGAGUAUUUAUUCACUUUUUUUGUCUUUUGUCGAACAUGCCGUGGAAGCACACCCUUACCAAAAUUAGAGCACUGAUAGUAUACUUUUUGUAGACAAAUAGUAUACACCGUAUGUAUUACAUUGCCAUGGUGUACAUUUUUAGUAUACAUCAAAUAUACAUCAAGCAAGAUUUGGCUUAGCAAAAAAAAAUGAUGUAUACUCUUUGUAUACAUCACUUGCAUUUAAGUAGCAAUGAUGUAUACAACAAGUAUACCUCAGGACUUUAAAGCAGCAAUGACGUAUACAACAAGUAUACCUCAAGGCCUUCAAACAGCACUGAUGUGUACAAUAAGUAUACAUCAGUGCUGCAUUGAUGCCAAGUUGUAUAAAAAACAUCUUCAUUGAUUAGGAAGUAAAGCUUUGAUGUAUACUUUUUGUAUACUUUGUAUAGCAUAAACAGUUUAUAUAUAACAACAUAUAAAUAUAUAGUAUAUGUUGUAGUUCAACUUUUCCCUGGUUUAAAUUUCACAUACAUUACCAUGCCCAAACAAAAGAAAAAUUAAAUUAAAGCAGGAACAAAAGUAGAAAAACAACACAUAUGUUGAUUGAAUUGAAGGGUUACCAAAAAUAAUUUCAGUGAAACAAACUCUAGAAUACUGUUUUACAUGUACCUGAUUAGAGAAUCUCUGAGAAAUUCCAAAUGCUGAUGAAAGGAAUACGUUUGAACAACAAGAACUGGACAAACAAGACAUAUCUCUAAUAGAUCUGUAAAACUGCAGUAAUUUAAAAAUUAUAUAUUUCGCUCUUUGCAACUCAUCACUCACUGGCCAAUGCUUAUAAAAUAAUAUUGUCCAUUGUUCAUGUAAGAAUUAGCAUUGUGAGAAAUUCAGCAACAACAUCAACAUUUUUGGGACUGAUAUGUCAUACACAAUCUUCGUUAAGGGGUCAAUGUCAUGCAAUUUCGAAAGAUACACAACAUUAUUUUGCUAUAAUAAAAACAUUAAAAGAAGCUAGUUUUAAUAAAAAAAAUUAUGUUUACGUGCCCUGACAGGAAAAGAUGGCAGCUUUUAAUAAAUGGCACACAUUUUCUUUUCUCUCUCAAAAAUUCACUUGAAACCUACCCAUUCGUGUUGCAGGAUCAUAAUUUUGCAUGUUACAUGUAUCUGUGACGGUGCUCUGAUGGUGCUACCAUGCACUUACAGUUGCAAAAAAACCACUCAAACGCUUUAGUCUUUUUCGUACUGAUUAGGAAACAUUCCCACAAAGGGAGUAUUGUCAUUACCACAGUCAACAAAAAAGCAUAAUCGAAUAAUGUUGUCCACUGGAAUUGCAGUGAUACAAUUAUUGUCACUCCUGAUGACUGGAACCAGGUGAGAAACAGCAGUACCAGUGUAGGGAUCAUUAGCAAUUGCUAAAGUCUUGUUAGGUUUCAGAACUUUGACCAAUGCAUAAAACAGUGGCUUCCUACAUUUACAUGAGUUAGCACAAAAUGAAGGGUUGGGGCAAUGUAAAUAUAUUUUGGAAUAGAACAAAAUCUGUCCAAAUGAAGGUGGUGAAUCCCCACUGUUGCCUUUAAAUUCUAUUGUAAAGUUGUUUCUCCUUGUCAUGCUUUUGUAUAACUUGGAGUGAAUCAGUUGCUCUCCAAUGAGUAAUCUGAAAAACUGAUACACUUCUUGAACUGGCCCAAUUAGGGAUUCGACUACAGCUCGCUCAACAGCAGUAAAGACAUAAUUUUGUAAGUUGCCCACGAUGCUGCAGUUGCUGUUGCCUGGAAGUUUUUCCUUUUUGGAAGCAAGGGGACGCUUUCUUGAAAGGUGUUCAUAAAGUUCUUGAGCCAUAGAUCCACUUUCGAGGAGAGGAACCAACUCAGGUAUUCUCUGUUGCACACUGACAGCUGUCACAAUCUGUUCUUCCACACUUUGUGUACCAUGAAAUAAGCUUCUUAAUUCCCCAUUGAAGUCUUCAAAGCAAAAACAAGAGUGAGUCCACAGUGGACCAAGAUCUCUCACUCUUUCUGUCAUGUGAAGUAAACAGUGCACAUUAAAAGUUUCAUAGCGGGCUGCAUAAAGUUCCUUUAUCCUGAUACAGAAAUGCUUUAUUAAAGCAGAGGCCUUUACAAUGUCAUUCGGAGAGAUAGAAUCCUGGAGAAGAAGGUAAAUGGCUUCCACAAGGUGAAGGUAGUGCUGAAAGUACUCUUCUGGAAGAAUACCAUACAGACAUGGAACAGAGUAGAACAACAGGAAAGUCCUUAACUCAGAUGCUUUGAGAUGCCCAAAGUUUGCUAUCAGGCUUCUGGGAAGGCGCGUGAUGCAAGAAGGAGGACUAAUCUUUAGGUACCUCUCUUCAAUUUCUUUCAUUCUUUUACAGACAGACCAUGGCUCUGCUUUAUAUGUCUUGUCACUCCAAAGGGUAAGCAACAUCUUAACCACGCCAAGUAAUGUACUGUGCAUAUAGUCAAUGGCUAUUCCUCUAAUGAUGUCAAACUUUGGAAUAAACAUAAACCAUGAAUAGCCUUUAACCCCUUUAACACUACUUGGGAUGCCCUUUUGAGCACUUUCCUUGGUAGCUUCAGCUGCAAACUUUAAUGUCUGUUCAUGUGUUCUUGGUUCCCCAUGACCAGUUCUGAGAUUUGCUUCAUCAAAUGGGUAAGCAUGAGUGUGCCCUUUGCUACUUGUCUGCACAGUUUUGCCAGGGCUCAGGCAGUAUGGGCAACCAUAAAAGGCAUUGAAUUGACAAAACUCUUGGAAAAGGCACUUUGCUGGGGCAUCAAAUGUCCCUAAGAGUAAAAUACAGCGAAGCAACAUGUUCUUGCCAUUCAGCUUUACAUCAAUCCCUAUAAAAAAGGAGCAAAAAAAUCCUGACUAUUCAGAUGUUGACCCAUAGGGUAGAAAUGAGGGCAGCAGAAUUUCUAUAGACUUCAAAGUUAAUUGAUAACAGAUAACACAUCAAAGCAUUUUGAAAUUCAUACAUACAUGUAGCUGCUAAAUAAUGAUUGAAAAUAAUUUUCAAUAAUUUAAAGCACACAUUUGUAUCUACAUGUAUUAUGCCAAAUCUCCUUUAGUCAGAGUUGUAAGUUAAACCUGUGUAUAACGGUCACCCUUGGGAAAUGGCCAAGUGGCCGUUAUAUACAGGUUCUCUUUAAACUCUACUGGAAGUUAAUGAAUAGCAUCUAAGUCUAAAGGGUGACUGCAUCCGUUACGCACACUAACAGGUGACCACUAUAUACAGGUCACCUUUACAGAAAAUAUAAAGCAAAGUUUUAGGGAAGUUGUCCGGUGAGUCACUCUAUAGUGACUCAAUUUCCUUUGUCCCCCUUUGUAAAUUAUAUAUAGUUCGGGGAGUAAUAAUUAUGUCAAACAGCAACAGUUGUACAAUGUAUUUAUUAUGAACAUUCUGAACUAAUAGUAUACUAGAGAGUAGCUGUGACUACAGUGUGCAUAUAUGUACAUUAGAAUGUAGCAGAUAAAUGCAUGCUUUAAGGUAAUACAAAAAAUGGGGACUGAUUUUAAAAACAUAAACCUUACCUUUGAAGAAUAAAUCAUUUAGUGAGUUUGCGAAUGGCUGCAUAAAUGUUUGGAAAUGUGGCUUGGAGACACCGAACCAAAGCCCAGCAAACAUGCGGUACUUUCUCUGCUGCCUGUAGGGACAGAAAAUAAAGGGAAAGAAUGAAGUUUUUUAACAAAAAAAAAAUGUGAAUAUGUUUUUUUAAUGAGAAAAAAAGCAAAAGCGGUCCAUUUCAAGAUAGGUCAGUUACCAAGCAAAGAAUGAGUUACAAACAAUUCUUACUAGUUAGCAAUUCUGCAAAUUAUCAGUGCUCAUUAUGAUGUGUUGCAGUUAGAUUAAGUGAUACUCUUCUCUCACAAUUUCUUUUCUCUUAUUGGUUAUUAACUGUGGAAUUUUCUCUUUGGUAGUGGCAUCAUGAAGGCAAGUAGAUGCUUAAACUGUGUACUUCAGUUCCACAAUUAAUUUAUUUACAUGACUAUACUUUACAACCAUUGUUAUUUUGGUUACUUUGGUUUGACAUUCUUUAAUCAAUACUUCAAAAAAAAAAAGAGAAAUUAUAUAUUAUUUAGCAAUACUAUAGAAAUGAAAUACUCGGCUGGGGGGGGGGGGGGGGGUUUGAAGCUGUUUAAAACGCUUACAGCACAUGUUUAAUCAAGGGUAAAAAUUCAAGCUUUUAUUACAUACCUGCAAUUUGGAGGCAAUUCGUUGACAAUAAAAUAAACCGGCCAUAUGGAAAAUUUUGAAGACCUAAAAAUUGCAACUCCAUCCGUGUUUAUUUGCAGGGACAAAUGGAUCUGUGUCUUUUUGUCCUGUGUGGAUGAACCCCUAAAAAAUCCGUCCUCCCCAAAGUGCUUCUUAUACAGUUGUCCAUCAAAGAUAUCUUCAAUGGCAUCUGAGUUUUGUUUUUGUCUUGUGACACGAUACUGCAGAAAAUCAGGUACUUCUGGCCCUAAGAAACAAAACAAAUAUUUGAAAACAAUACAUAAGAGUGAGAAAAUAAAUUUCACACAGAGGUUCUGUUUGACUGAGGCAAAUGAUAAUAUUUCCUGAAUACAUGUACAUGUAACAAGACUGCAAAAAAUCUUUUUCAUUUAAAUCUUGGAAUUUUUCCUAUUAUUGAUCACGAACUGCUAAUGUUAACUGUCAAUGCAUUAACAAGUGAUAACAACCAGUUACAUAUGUAACAUUGUUUCAGUUUGAUGAAUGGUUAAAAUACAUGUAUUGAGUGAAUGCUUUAAGGCCUCUACAGACUAGAUAUUUAGUUGUCAAAAACGUUUUUUUUUUUUUUGCGACAAUGACAAUGUUUAAGUUGUCAACAACAGCAAAAUUUAGCAUUUAGUUGUCAACAACCCGUCUUACACACUGCGUUUUUUUGUUGUUGAUAACAUUUAGUUGUCGAAAACAAAACGUUGUCGACAACUAAAUUUCUAGUCAGUGGAGGCCCUUACAGUCACUUCAUUCCAUCAAAAGAGCCUGGGAAAACAUGAAGUACAAAGAAAAGAAAAAGUGCACGAUUCUUACACCGAGGUAAACCCAAAAGAACGAGAAAUCCUUUGAUGUGGGGCAUUAUUUAGUGACAGGGGAUACUUAACAUGGUAGUGGAUAAAGAUAAUGAGAAAUUCUUUGUUAUUUAGUAUCAUUUAGUAACAGGUGGGACAUCUACUUAGAACGAACUGACUUGGAAGGAAGUGACCUGAUACCAAAGGAAUGAUCUAUACCUUAGCAGAUAAUCUACUUACUUGACAGCAAUGACUGAAGCUGUGUGACUAAGGGUAGGACAAUGAAGUAGGCCAGUGCACCUUUUUUGGAAAAAUCUACCAGACAAUACUUGUUAGAACAGCAGGAGGUCUUUGUAAGCCCAAUGUACUCAAAACAGCAACAACAAUAAUAGUGGUACUCGAUAGGCUUCUUAAGCUUUCGAAAGAAUCGGUUGAGAACAGCUGUCGAUUUAGCAAAGCAGUUGGGUACAACAAGAUGAAUGUUAAUUAACGUCAAAAGGUCAGCCAAAGCCAGUCCGCUCAAAUUAUGCCUUAUGGCGAAGCUAAUAAUCAGCAGCAAGCUAACUGAAAAAGUAACGGGGGACCCCUCGUAUAAAGGGGUGUCUUGUGAUAAGGAUAGCUCAGUAAUUUUCACGUAGUCAUCUUGAGUGCUGCUUUCAUUCCUAUCUUCCGCUUCCGAAAGUUCAUCCACGUCAUUAUCUUGCUCGUUCAAAUCCUCAUGAAACUCGCUAGAUCCGUACGUUGUAUCAAGCGCUGGAUCUUCAGGAAAAACUUGCGAAAUUUCAUCACAGCUGUCUUGCUCAACUGCCGUGUUGUUCAGGAGCCCCUUUAACAUUUCAUCAGCGAUGGAGUCUCUAGUUGGGCGGCCUUCUCUGUCAUUUUCUACCUCAGCUGGCCGACCAUCUUCUUUCAACAAAUCAACAUUAUUACGGUCUUCCAGAGAGUAUUCUUCGAUCCCCUGAGAUGCAUAUGAGUAGUCCAGGAACUCUGACUCAAAAUGUUCAACAGUGUCGCUACAAGAUACCGCAUUCGUUUCUCUAUCAUAAGUUUUAGCUAGUUUCUGGCGAUACUCUGACGUUCUGGGAACUUUCAACGACGGAUGUGACAGAUAAGACAGGUAAGUACCUCUUCUUUUUUCACAACUUCUAGAGUUACGUGUUUCUUUUGCAUUUCCAGUCGCCAUGUUGUGUUCGUAUAAAAGCCGAUCGACCCAGGCAGAUAUUACGCAUGCUCAAUACGUCGGCGUCUGUUUGUUUUCCUUUUGGCGGGAUUUUUUGCGGCACGUUUGUCGGUGUAUGUGUUAGAUCUUGGCGCGAAACUUCAGUAGCUGUGAAACGUGAAUUGCUUGGUUCAUCAGACUCUUUUUCGACUGAACGUUUAUUGUCGCUUCCCCUUUUUCGGGCAAUCCAGUAUCCAGGAAAAUGGUGAGUACAUUAAACUGUAUAAAAAAACCUGAAAAACCCUAAUCAGGUCACGUUUUAGUUCGUUUUUUAAUAGCAAUUAUGGUGAUAGGUAAGCUCAACGGUUCUACUUAAAUCGGUGAGAAAAAAUGGUAAAAGUUUACCUUCUUCAUUCAGGUCGAAUGCAGCGUUCAAGCCAGGGAAUUGUUCUCUUAGAACUUCUUUGAUACAUUCGCAGCGUAAAAUUCAUUUUAUCUUUGUGUCUGCGAACUGGAACUGAUACAACUCGAUCGGGCUCAGCUAGUGCAUUUCAAAUAAGAACGCGACAAUAAAUGCUCAUCCUCGGUGUAAAAACCUGUAAAGUUUUUCUUUGUUUUCUAGCUAUUGUUUUCCUUGGCUCUAUUGUGUUGACUUCUCAGUGGCUCCUUUGUAUUCAUUGUUUUACGUCACUCGUGAGUUUCACAGGUUUUUACACCGAGGUAAACCCCAAUAAAUACUUAAGCUUAUAAGCUUCCAGUGUAAAAGACUUGAGAAAUUAUUAAUUUUCAGUAGUCAUUUUUAAUUCUAAAAGAGCGUCCUGUAGUUAAGGAUAUUUAAAGGGAAAAAUACUAACAGAGGACGAACUGAAACGUUUUAGACUUUUUACUGGCUUUCUCGCAGUCGACCGGCUUGUCACAAGUCGAUCACGACCCGAUAUGACUUUCACAGCAUCGGGAGUAGAAGCGUGAUCAUUUGAAUCUUGACAUCCAUGGUUCCUGUCGUUUUCUUUUAACCUCAGUGAUUUAUAAUUUCUGCAAAUAUGUUCUUCCACGUUCAUGACUCGCAUUUCAAUUUUGUCAUUGAUUUCAGUCUUUUUAUGAAAAGGCUUUGAUAUAUUCACCACUGGUCACCAACAGAAACUAUAAGUAACGCCUGAUUGAACAACCGCUCAUGUGUUUCUGUCACCGAUUAAUAACUAACUUUCUUUAGUAUAACUAACUCACAACUUUUUUACUACUUGUUAAUCGUUCUCGGCGAGGGCAAAAUUGAUAUUGCGAACGUUAACCAAAAUAUAUACCCUUAUAUAUCCCUGACGAUUGCGUCGAAGUAGUACAGUUCCUUGAAAUAAUGACUUUGGUGAGUGUUCUAAAAUUUUUGUGCCCCCUUUAAAACAUGUUUGAAAUUAACAAGCAUCAACGCUGUAUUACCUUGACUGCCGGCAUGGGUAACAGGGACUGUGAACGGAGACCGGGCCGCCAUUUCUUGUAUUUCUUGGAUCAAAAGUAACUAACCGGGAAGGUAGUUUCCCAUACAUGUGCACAUAUUCCUGUGAGCUUCAGGCUCAGGUUUUUGUUAUUCAUGAUUCCAAACAAAAAAAUGGGACCCACGACUGGUGUCUCAGAUUACCAAAACUAUUAAAUGUGUGUGCUUUUCUCUGACAUCGAAAGAGCAAAUUUGUUUACAUUGUGCUAGAAUACUUUCAUAACUUUUUUUAACUACCCCUUGUAGGUGAAACCAAAUGGCUUUGCAGUAGUUGAAUGGAAUCGACCAAAUGGAAGAAGUGAAUUGGAAGCGAUUAUUGUGAAGAAGUUAGCUGUCAAGGAAAGUGUAAGAGCUGGGGCCAUUGCUGAAAUGCAAUAUGAUGGAGAAAUUUGGAGGGGAAAAAUUCUCUCUCUCCAUGGUAAGACUAAUAGUUCAAGUGAUUUAAGCUGUCAUGAGCAUGUACUUGUGCAUCUGUCAGAACUCUGGACCACAUAAGAAAAAAAACUUACUGAUAAUGAUAAUAAAUAUACAUUUACAGUUGUAAAGUGAUGACUGUUAUUUUGCCUCUGCAUGAAUGACUGCUAAGAGGGGUAAAGAAAUCGUUCUUUCUCACACAAAAAAGAGUCCUAACCCUUUUUUUAUUAACUGGCCUUUUUCAGACAGUAUGAGUGAUGCUAGAAGUGUUUUAGACAAGGAGCUUGGAAAUUCUGGAACAGAAGAAAACAGUUCAAACUGUGAACAGAAUUCAUCCCCCAGUAAGAAGCAGAGAAAGAGAACAAAGAAUAAACGACUUGAUGGAUAUGAAACCAGUCAAGGUACAGUAAGCUGUUAUUUGACACUAACAGCAUAUAAUGGUUUAAAGUCACCGCGAAAAGGGAACUACAUGUAAGUGUUAUAAAAAACUAGUCACUGAGGACAUUAUUGAAGGUGGUUGCUCCUUGUUCCCUUAAAUUUCAAUUUACAGAGGUAGAUAAUAAAAUAAUAAUUAUCAAAGUUCUAAAAACAUUUAACCUGUAUAACCGCCCUGUAUAUAGCGGUCACCCUGUGUAUUACGGUCACCGGACAGGUUCCCAAAUAUUAAUUUAGCCGUAUAUUGUCUGUGUAGUGGACCUGUAUAAUGGUUACCUGGCCAUUUCCCAAGGGUGACUGUCAUAAACAGGCUUGGCUGUAUUUUGUUACAGCUACUACAAAUUCAUUGUUUUUGGGAGACUCAAUUAUUCAGACCUUUUUCUUAUACAUUAUUAUUUUAUCCUGUUAUUUCUUAAAGAUGAUGAACCUUCCAAAAAAAAACCCAAGACCUCUGAGGGCAGAAAGAAAGCUGGAGGAAGCAAAGAAAAUGACAGUGAAAGUCAAAAUAGGAAGAAAAAUGCCCGAAAAGAUCAUGAUGAUGCAGCAGAAAAGGAGCGAAAGCGAAUUGAAAAGGAGCAGGCAAAUAAGCAAAGAGAAAAGGAACGGCAGGCCCUUACUGAGCGAAAUAACAUGUUGCUAGAAAGGAUGACUGCUUUGGUGAGUAAUCAAAGUGCAGAAGAUCCCUUUGAUUCCGAUGUUGUCUCAGAGUGUGUGGAUCUCACAACUUCAUCAACACCACCAUCAAAUCCUGUUCAUCGUCUUCAGAACACAGUAAAUGAGUUACGGAGUGCCACACCAGAAAGAGUGUUGUCAAUCUCACAGCUUCAAAAGACACUGGACAUGCUGCAGGGCAAUUCAGAGGACCCACCAACCACACCAUCUAUUUGUCAGACAGCAAUUCCAUCACUGCAGAGAACCUCUCUGACCACACUGCAGGAUGUGUGGGAAGAACCAGUAUCCACAACACCAGUUCAGCAGAUGCCAAAUUCCACCACACCAGUGUCAAGAUCUCCUCUGACAACUCUGCGUGGCAGAUUAACAGAAGUGCCACUGUCAAUACCAAAUCAACAGAAAGAAGCCACCAUUUCAGGAGCACAAAGAACCCCACUGACAAACACACCCAGAAAUUUUCCAAACAGAAGACAAGACUUAGUAGCCAGACCAACUGUGGGUGGUAAAUGCCCCAGACGAGUUCUACCACAGCCACUCUCAAGUUCAGAUGAAGAAGAGUAUUGUCCAUCAUGCGUAACACGCAAAAAGAGAGUGAGGGAACUUGAAGAUCAAUUAAAGAGCUUGCAAGGUCAAGGUAUGUAUGAGGAAGUUUAUGUGAUAAUCCCUGAAAAUUAAAGAAUGAGAGUUAAAAGAAAACAAGCAGUCUUGUUGUGAAUAAAAGAAAUAAGGGGUAUUAGAAAAAGGGAUGCACAUAAUCCAGUUAGUCUGCUUGGGGGCACCCUGUUUUGGUGGUGGAUCGAUCGAUCCACUGUCUGGUCUUUGUCCACUAAUUACAGUAAACACCUGCAUAUAAGAACCUACUUUUUUGAAGUCUGGCAAAAUAGGUUCAUGUAUUUUGGGGUACGUAUUGCCAAUUUAGGCUAAGUAGGUUCUUAAUUUUUAUGAAGGAGAUAAUUGAUCAUUGAGUACCAGAAAAAUAAAUGAACUCGGUUAAAUAUGCAGUAUUUAUUCGUAACUAUUAUAACCUAACAAAACUAUAUAAUUACAUGCAAGGUGAACUUUCGAUCUUGUUAAUAACUAUAGUCAUUCCUAUCAUUAUUUUUAAGUUUCUGAUCCUCCAAGACCUGGAAAGAUCAGUCCCAUUCUAGCAGAACGCUUUAAGGUAAGCACUUCAUUCACCAUUUUAAUCACAGAAUGUGCAUGCUAUUGUAGACAAAUCAGUGUAAAGUUUUUGUGCAAAUCAUGUAGUCGUCAAUGGCUAAUUUGAUGUUUGCAAGAGGUUCGACCCUACUAGACCUAGUCAGGCUUACAGUUUAACCCAUUUGCUCCCAGAUAAUAUGCAGCAGAAAACCACUCUUUCGAGCCAUUUAAGACCUUUUCUGGUUCUUACCAGGCUGAAAAGGAUCUACAAUGUAGAUGUGAACUACCCGAAAGACAUACUAACAAUUCAAGUACAAUGCUGAUAGUUUCUGAUGCUAAAUUUUAGCAUUGAAGUUCAGGCAUCAGGUAAAAAAGUUCACUGCCUCCACGACUGUUUUUUUCACUUUCCCUCGUCCUCACCUCUUGCUUUCCUUGCCCUUUUUUUCUUUUACUUUUGUGGGGCAUUUCCUUGGGCUAGUCCCUGCAAGCCACAACUUGCCCAAAGGGUAAACUGUAAGCUGACUUUCUUUACACGCCCUUGUUAUGUGUCAAAGUUGUCAAUGUCUUUUGAGCAUUUGAAAUGUGACAUGCGGCAGAACAUGUGGAAUUAUUAUACAGGCUGUUCAGGUGUGUAUGUCUAUAUAAAAUUGCUAUCAUAAAAAUAACAUGGCUGUUUUUUCUUCUUAAUUCCAACAGAUGGUAGAGUUGACUCCUGGUUCUCAAGUUUUUGUGUACCAGAACCAUAUUCACCAAGCAAUGGCCAGAGCGUCGUAUAAGUCAGCGGCAUCGUUUUUGUUAAACUGUUUUUACACAAACGACGAGCUGGUGGGGAUGAACCUGACUGGAGCAAAUGGAAAGAAAUGCCCAGACAAGGAGAUACUUCAAAGCAUUAUAGGUAUGUGUGCAAUAACAUGAUGACUAUGUAAAUUAAUAGUCUCUCAGAAACUGCUUUUUUUUAAUUUUCCCAUCCAUAAAUUCACUACUCAUGUUGUAAUGAUUUUUGACCCUCUUUACAGGAUUUGUCAUGAGAGAAUACCAAAAGCAUUCGCCAACUGAGUCCUCUCUGAAGCUGGCUUUAAGAAACAAGCUGAGUGCUUUGGAAUCAAGAAAGUUAAAGAAGGAUGAGUGAAAAGCUUAAUUUUUUUUCUUCUGUAAUAUAAUUAUGUACGCAGAAAAAGUUAAUGUUGUGACAGAUAAGUAGUUGGCCUGAUUCAGAUUACUAAUUUCAUUGCAAGUUUGUUAGGGCAUUCGGUUAUUGUCCUUUUUCAGCAAGCAGUCUUUGGGUUUGAAAUAAUUAUGAAAAAAUAUUUAUUAAAUGUUAAGUACAAUAUAUAAGCUAUUUCUACAGUGAAAAUAAUAUUGUGUUUUAAAAAUUAUUGACAUACUGUACGUCUGUUACUGUUAAAAAAGCUCCAAAUAAAAUUUAUUGUUACAAGCAAAUAUUGAACAUUUUUUAGUGAAUUUAUGUAGAGCCAGGGUGGUCAUGCAUGCCUUUGUCCUUACUGAAAUUUAUGGGUUUCAGCAACUUAAUUUAGAAGUGUACAAAUUGUAUACUUUUUGCAAGUGUUAUACAAAAAGUAUACUUUUUGUGGUCUUUUCUGUGUAUGAAGCAUGUAUACCAUUAGUAUACAUCCUCUUGGAGAGGUAUACUUUUUGUAUACAUCGGGGUGUUCCAAAUUACUAGUACAAAAAGUAUACAUCAAGUGUAUACAAAAUGUAUACAUCAAGUAUACCUAAAGUAUACCCAGUGCAGUAUACUUCAUGUAUGUUCGGAGUAUAUUAUAAGUAUAUUUCAUUUUGUUAAGGGACAGUCACAUUUCAGUGUUCUUGAGGAUUUUUUGAAAUUAAAGAUAUCUUUCUGAUAGUAGUUGACGAAAUUGGAGCUUUUUACUCAUUGAACAACUUUCUCCUCUUUUAUAGUCAUGGCGUCUCCUGAAAUCACGACCGCUGAAAAAACAACGUAAGUAAGCAUUUUCUGUUUAGUUUGAUGUUCAUAUGAUGAGACGGAUUCUAUUCAGAAAAAGUGAUGUCCUCCAACGAAGUCGUGAACUAUGUUUUAGGUUUCGAUGUAAGUUUUGGCUUGGUUUAGUUUUGGCAGGCACAAGUAAGCGAAUGUGUUUGUGUGCACGUGUGCUUGGUAAAACUGGACUACAAAACCAUUCGAAAAUACAAGCUGUCAGCAGAGGAGUGUUUAAAAGUGCUGUUAAAAGUUUAUGAAAGACGGACUAACAGCUAUCAGUAAAAGAGUUAAUUUUCUGGAAACAUGGGUAGCAAUGAGUUGCUGUAGUUAGGUUUGCUCCAGCUGGCUGAUUCUUUACAAGCAUUAAAUUCAAUGGAGCAUUGUUUGUUAACAAAAUUCACACUCUUGAAUGUUUUCAGUACUCAAAGUUUUGAAAGAAAAAUUAUUGGCAAUUCUCUAAUAUUUAGGUUUUCCAAGUGCUUGAAAUUUUUGGAAACCUUGAUCUCAAUUAAAAUCUAAUUUUCAUGUUCAGAAAUCCCUUCUGCACAUCAUAUAAUUUAAUUGUAUGGAAGAAUUAUUAUUUUUUUCGCCUUUUUGGAACUAAACUGAUUUGUUAGUGGAAUGUUUGUUCACUGCUUUGCUGGAAAGGGUGCAGUGUUAUUGUCUCUUUAUUGUUGUUUUUAUUAUUAUAAUUAUUCUUCUCAUCAUCAUUAUUAUAAAUCAUAAUUAUUGUUGUUAUUAUUAUUAUUAUUAUUAUUAUUAUCAUCAUCAUUAUUACCAUUAUUAUCAUUAUCAUUAUUAUUAUCAUAUUUUUUUGCUUUGAAAGUAAGUUUGUUAAGUACAGACUAUUUUUCUUCCCUUGUAAUUCUAGGAACUUACCUGCCUUUAAAUGGACUAAAGAACAUGACGUGCUCUUAGCCAGAGAGAUGCUAACAGCUGAGCCAGAUAAAUGUAAGAACAGAAGUCGUGAGAGUGGCCAGGCGUGGGAUCUCAUUGCAGCAAACCUAAAUUCUGUCCAUGCACCACGUUUCCGAGUGAGUCAAAAAUCUGUAAGGGACAGGGCCAGGAUAAUGCUUAAGAACUUUAAAUUGAAAAUAAGAGAAGAAGAAGUAGGAAUCGAAGUAGAAGAACUUUCCGAAUUAGAGCUUGCCUUAGAAGAGAUAAUAGAAAAAGAAAAGGCAGCAAAUGCGCAGCUAGAUCUUGAGGAAUCAGUGAGAAAGAAUGAAUUGCAAGACAAGGCAAAUGCAGAAGAAAUGCACCUUCAAACUAUGGAAAUCUUGGAGAGAGCAAGAAGCGCAGAGAAGCUUCAGGACUAACCGCUGGAGAUCAGAAGAAAAGAAGGCAAGACGUAGUGGAUCAAACACCCUUAACUUUAUGAGAGAAAAAAUGGAAAAAGUCAUGACAUUCAAGCAAGAGGAAAUGGCACAAAGAGGGUCGAUCAGAGCAGCAAAAAAUGCUGAAAAAACAGAACAAUGUGUUGCAACAGAUGCAACUACAAAAGGUUAAUCAAUGACAGCAGAUGCAAGACAUGUUAUCAGCAUUCAUGCAACAAAGUCAACUGCAAAACCAAAUUAUGUUGGCCAUUGUAAAAAAGUUUACUAAAAAAGACUGAAUCAUAGACAGCGCUAACUAAAAAGAUACCUUGUGUUCCACUAUAGAAAUGUACAUAUACCUUGUGCAUUUUGUGCUCCUUGCACAAAAGCUGUUACAGAGUUUUGCAAGUUAUUAGUUGUGUUGUAAGGCUUAAGACAAUAAGUCUAGUUACAUAGCAGAGGCUACAGAUGAAGGACACAAUAGAGUGUAGUUGUUUUCAAUGACGUUUAUUGACUCAUAACAAAUGACCAGUUCUGUACAAUUUGCUAUUGUUUGCUUGUCAUUUGUUUGACAUUUUUGCGGAAGAUAUCAGUACUAUUGCCGGGGGGGGGGGGG